CAAAAUGUCACCUUCUUAAUGAAUAAAAUAAUCCCAGCUACUAAGCUUUCCUUUAACCGUUUGUUUAGUCCUUUCUACACGAUUAGCCUGAGGUGUCGGGUAGAAAUUUACCACAUUCAUGAGACCUUAAGAUGCACUGUUUCCGUGUACUGUAAAUUACCCUUUUUUGUAGCCAAAGUCACUACGGGUAGAUUGCCUGAAGAAACGGCUAUAGGCUAACGAGGGUAGAACAGUGCCUUUGUCUCUCAAGGAAUCGUUACUUGACGGUGUCUUCGAAUACCAGCAGAAUAAAACAAGUCUUAAGGAGGUACUUUCUCUCACAUAUUAAAAGCUUGCUUUACAGGGAUUUUGCGAACUAUUGUAUUUAUACUUUAAUGUUUCUUCUCUUGGCUGUUUGUAGCCUUGGCAACAUUGUUCGAAGAGUAUGUUCGCACGGUGAACUCCCCUGGAGCAGUACCUGUUGUCCAAAGUGCGUGGGAUACUUUUACGACGAACAAGUGUACCGAGGCUCUCGAAAAUGCUAAAGCCGUUUACGAGUGAGUGAAUUAUACCUCAAACGUUUACGUAUAGUCAAUGCCUCUUUAGGCGGUAUACGUAUAUCCGGUCGUCGCUUCUCUCCCUCCCUCCGGGGGAGAGAGGCGACGACCGGAAAUACGUCUGCGCUUCGCAGGCUAACAACUUGGUCGCACGUUACGUGUUCCUGGAAAACGUUGCCCUGACGUAUAGCUUGGGCAAUAGGCGUAUGGGAGCUAUGGGGCGAAAUGAUUGGACAGAUUCGCCUCGUUCAGUCGUUCGUCUUUGUCGCGAGUAUCGCUUGCCUCACACCCCAUAGUUGUUUUAUACGCCUGAUAUGCUGGCUUACAACACGAAUCGUGCUUCGCAAUUCAAUCAUACAGCUGCAAUAUCAUAGUGAAAACAUUUAGGACACUACAUUGAUUAAAGUCACCCUCCUUUUUGUACCCUAAUAACAGCGGAGGCAUCAGUGAUGCACUAUAUAUAUCGCAGAAAAGCGUUGCCACUUGAUAUUCAGGCAGUCCGUUGUACAAUGUGAGAGGAAGGUAGUAAAGCCUCAUGGAAUGACACCGAUGGUGUGAUAUUGAGUUAGUUUCUGCAAGAAUACAGUCGAACAUCUACUCAUGGGGCCAACUCUCCACAACGGCCACCUCAUUACAACAGCCACCUUUUUUUGCCCCGGUGGACAGUCCAUACUUUGACUCUUGUUUAAACCUCUCUACAACGGCCACUUUCGUCUGUCCCCAAGGUGGCCGUUGUGGAGAUGAAUGACGCGUGACGCAGUAGAAAGCUCCCAGCAAAUGAUAAGCAAACUCUUCCGUUUCUUGGUUUCAACUUUCAGUGGUGGAAUGUCAGAAUUCAUACAACGAACGGGCCUUCCUUGUGACGACAGAAAAAUUCGCCAACAUCACGAGGAUCAUUUGCUGGAAGCAUUGUCGUUCUUCGAAAGUUACACGGAGGACAUCGAUGUUACUGCAAGAUGGAUUUACAUAGAAGAAUUGGCGGUAUGCUUACACUUCAUGAGUCUUUCAUGUAGAUGAACAAACCUGUUUAUCACAUACCUAUUGCUAUCCCAGUUAAUCAUAACUGUUACAAAAUUCUCUAACUUCAUUGACUAUCAGUAGCUAAGCUUUAGCCCUGAUUUCGGCAUCAAUAGGGCAAUGUACGCGUCCCGGGGUGCGCGUCAUGUCUAAGCAAAUCGACAGCUCUCGAGUUUGUCCAAGUCGGUCUGUAAUCAUACUAGUGAUGUCCUCCAGUCAGAUCUAUAAUCUUACUCGUGAUACUCGUUUUUUUUCGCUAAGAUUUGGAGGGGACAGAAGAUAAAUUAUUGUUGCAGAAAAUAUCUAGAAAUCUUAACUUUUCAUCGAUAAGAUGCCUCACUCAAUCCUAUUACCAUUAUUAAAAGAAAUAGCGUUAGUGGAAAUGGUACAACUGUGGCGCUAGUGACAAGUGGUAAAAUUAUACUGGAGACAACGCAACUGUUCUGAGAAGAAUGCUCGCAUGCAAGGUGACCACUAAACUAUUCGGUGAUUGUCUGUGAAGCGAACCCCUUUGUGAAGAUUUCUGGUGGAAAAACAUACACGACUGAUUUAAUUCUCGAUUUUUUUUGUCUAGAACCACGCAGACCAAGCAGAGAGUGCAUUUUUACGAAAGAACAACUCUAAAACGGAGGAGGAAUGCGACAAUUUGAUGAAAACUCUACGUUCGCUGUGGUUAGAGCCUGUAUUGAAGGAUCUCCAAGAUGGUGAUAACAAUGACUUCAUGAUGUUAGAGUCGCGUCUGAGAUCAGCGUAUAUCAAACUUGACAGUGACUUCAGGAAAGAGGCGCCGGGACCAAAAUCUCUGUGCUCCAACUUGGCUUACAUGUAUGACCUGGUAGGUUUAGUAAACUAGAAAUACGUUAUCGCAAAAACCUCGCGAAGCUGUAAAGGCUCAGCAGUGAAAGUAAAGGGAACCAAGCCAAAGGGAACUGAAAAUAUGAUAAAAAGAAAACUAAACGGAUAAAAAAUGUACAAAGAAAACGAAAAUAGUUACGUCUAGAUUCGCCAUGACUACCUCCAGUCCUGCGCAAGAAGUCAGCUUUCAGACCUCUGGGCCACGCUGCCACUGGACAAUACACAUCGUAAUAUUAAUACAAUUAUUAAUUGAAGCAUACUUGUGGUGCUCUAUUUAUCAUGAAUUCAAAGAUAGAUUUGAGGAACAUUAGUUUAAACGAGUACAGUUUCAAAGCAACUUCGCUUUAUUUCCGUGUUUAUUCACUCUCGGGCUUAACGGCCGAUCGAUGUACGCGCUCGUCUUCUUCUUCGUUGCUCGCGCUGGAUUUCAAGUUGCCGUUCUCGCUGCAUUGGAGUUUCGAUGGUAAAUCUUCCCUGGCGAGGAUUUCCAGCCUGAUAAAUUGGUCGCGAUUCCCCAAUGGAAACGUUGUUUGACAGACGAUGAAUAAAGACGUCAGCCCGUUUUGUUCACGAAUAAAACAUGAUAGUGCUCACAGCAUUUGCUAUCAUUCGCACUUAAAGUCGUGUUGCUUGGCAACCUUAAAAUGCACCUUGACGUCGGAUGUCAACUGCGGACACCCAAAAGAUAUAUAGAAAUAUUGCCAACUCGAGUUUCUGUCUCUCUGUUUUAAAUUCGCUACGUGAAGGCGCCAGAAAUGAUCCAUUGUUGUCACUGCCCGGAGUCAUAUGGCUGUGCGCAUACGUAAGGCCAUAUUGCCAUGUUGCGAAAUUGGUAGUGUGUGCUCCCUUGCUGAAUUUGCUCUUGUUUACUAAUUUUUGGACACACCGAUUUGUUUAGCUGAUCCUAUCUUCAUACGCUUGCUGAGAACUGUCGUGGCUCCCACUCAGGAGUUACCGAUUUCUGCGGACACUGAAUGUUAUACUUGUUAACAAAAGUGUAGGGCCAUCCGAGCGACCUUGCCCCACCAGGAUUUAAACGAAAGGAUCAUGUCCUUAACUAGUACCUUUAAAAUAGGCGGAGAAGAAGUAAACAGUGAAAACAAAAGAGUGCAAAGUCCAUUUGACUUGCAUUGGUAAAUUCAAGCGUUACACCUUUAAAACAACUGGCUUUCACCACCCCAGAACUGGCAUGCAGCCAUGGAUUACUGUUUCAUCCUUGUUAGGAUGCUAGAAUCAAAAAAUUAAAAUUAUGAAUAGACACUAAUAUAGACCACAGACUAUGAACAAUGACUUUUUUAAAAUUGCGUCUCGACUGCCAUUGUUCCAAUGUACGUCUGAAUUAAAAUCCCCUCUCAGACGUCUUUUUUUUUACCCUCAGCAACACAGCGAGGAGAUGAAGGAACAUCUUAAUCAACUAAAUCAGAGAAGGGAAUAUUAUGAAGAGAUUGCUACAGAAAGGGCUAUAAAAGAAGCGGAGGCCGAGGAAGCGGAGAGGAUCAGAGUAAGUGUCAUUAUAGGUGUUCGGUUUUUUUGGAGAAUAAACAGAGAAGGCGAUACACUCAGGAGCGCGGAAAGUGACCUCUGGUGCGGGAGAAGUGAAGAAAUUUAGAAAUUACUUCAGAGUACUUAACUAACAAGUAUCCUGAUUACGUGUUCAAAUUUCUUGUUAGAAUGACAACGCGCGCUUACAAGCCAGCAAAGAAGAUAUGGACCGCAUGGUAAGUACUAGCAAACUUCCUCUGGCCCCUUCAUAAUGCUUCCGUCUGUUGUUGCUCAUCAUGCCGGACAGAUAGGGUUUGCGCGUAAAAAUAAUUCAUAUAAAUAAAAUGAAUAUGAACACUACAUGACCCUGAAAUAUUGGCGGGAUCCUAUUGGUAUUUACCCUCUUGACCACCUUACUCUUAGGAAUUCUUGGUUGGGGUAUGUCGCCCGGUUCCUCAAUCCUGACCCUGACUCAGACCAUAAAAUGUCAUUGUCCAAACCCAUUUUCAGACUUAUCCUCUACAAUUCAUACCCGUUUUCAGAUCUGGGUUCUGAAAGUGAUACUUGGUUUGGUAGCCCAUUACCUUGUCAUAGAAAAGUCAAAAUACGAACCCCUCGUUAACUGUAAAUGCCACAACACCGGCCACUGAACGAUUGAGGCACGUAUCUGGUUCUCAAGGAGGUAUAGUUAGUAUAAAAUGUCAUUUUUUAGAUGGCUGAUUUGGAAGAAAAACAUGUGGAAGAAGAGAGAAGGCUAAAAGAACUUAUGGAAGAGAAAAUGCGAUUACAAAGAGAGGAAGCAGAGGCAGCGAUUGCUGCCGCGAGAGAGCGGUCUGCAGCUGAGAAACGACGACACCUGCGACAGCAAAGAGAUCUUCAAGCUCAGAUAGAUCAGGCUAAAGAACGAAAAGCGGAACAACAGCGAGCCAUAAAUGAUCUACGACAAAAGUUGAGGAGAAUGUAACUACGUUCUUUCCUCCUCGUUUUUUGUAAGAUGGCCUCCUCUAAAGAACGUCGUAGCCGCGACCUGUCAAAACCUUUACAACACUAUGAACGGGUCUUUUAAAAGUCGAGACUAGAUCGAGACAUCGAGCUAUAAACACGAAAUAACAAAAACACUUGAAGUGCUCUUCAAAAGGUCCAUGAUUAUUGUCGUGUGGGGCAGUGCCCACGGAAUUUCUUAUAUUUGAACCAGAUAAAGGGCGAUCCUUUUCUUAAAACGCCGCUUCUGGCAAACAUUUUCUAAAUUUCUCAAAGAGGUGGCCGUAAAAAGUAACAACAUGUAGUUACCAUUCUAAAAAUAUGGCUUUCCUUUGAAUAGAGCGAAUGCAUAUAGCUCAACCCGAUAUUAAAAUCGCGCUUAUUUAAAAAUAACAUUGUUUUGAUAAGUGUUAUUCAGUGUCAAUUGCUACUUUGCAAACACACUUGAUGAAAAGGUUCUGCAGGGCAAAAAAGGUAGUUCGGGGAUAACCCAUGGGAUUACAAGGAUGCAAGCAGAUCGUUCGUCUUCAAAUGGGCGAAUCUCUAUUCACAAUCAUUUCUAAAAAGUUUGCAGAUUAGAGAGACUUUGGUUAAUUCUGUUAUAAGAACGUUGAACGCUUAAAACACAGAAGAUUUA